AUUGAUCCGGCGGCGCGGGAUUGGCCAGUCCGGGCCAACACGGGUGGCGGGAGUUUUCAGAUGUGUUGGCUGCGGCCCCGACUUCAGCGGUUGGGCUAGGCUGUGCUGACUGGGUGACGGACCCCGGGAGACAAACCCGUUGCCGAUCCCUCAGCUCCCCACUUGCAGCUUGCUGAGUGACCACCUUCUUUCCGGUCCCCAGAGCUGCGGGGAAAGAUGGAACGGCACCGGCCGCGGCUGCACUACCCUACCCAAGGCUCAGCCGCUGGGACUCCCUACCCUUCCUCAGCCUCACUCCGCGGCUGCCGGGAAAGCAAGAUGCCGGGCAGGAAGGGCCCCCAACGCCCUCCACCGCCCGGUGGCCCCGAGGAGCCUGGGGAGAAGCGCCCCAAAUUUCAUUUAAAUAUUAGGACACUGACGGAUGAUAUGCUGGACAAAUUUGCCAGCCUAAGAAUUCCAGGGAGCAAGAAAGAGAGACCUCCACUUCCCAACCUGAAGAUGACAUUUGCAAGCAGUGAUUGCUCAGCGGCACCUUUAGAGAUGAUGGAGAACUUUCCAAAGCCAUUGUCAGAGAGUGAACUCUUAGAACUUUUUGAAAAAAUGAUGGAAGAUAUGAAUUUAAAUGAAGAUAAAAAGGCACCAUUGCGGGAAAAGGACUUCAGUAUCAAAAAAGAAAUGGUGAUGCAGUACAUUAAUACUGCUUCUAAGACAGGGAGUCUUAAGAGAAGCCGACAGAUCUCACCUCAGGAAUUCAUUCAUGAGCUGAAAAUGGGGUCUGCAGAUGAGAGACUUGUCACAUGCCUGGAGUCUCUCCGAGUGUCUUUGACCAGCAAUCCUGUGAGUUGGGUGGAAAACUUUGGACAUGAGGGGCUUGGAUUAUUACUAGACAUUUUGGAAAAACUGAUUAGUGGAAAAAUCCAAGAAAAAGUUGUAAAGAAAAAUCAACAUAAAGUCAUACAGUGUCUAAAAGCCCUGAUGAAUACGCAGUAUGGCUUGGAAAGAAUUAUGAGUGAGGAGAGGAGUCUUUCCUUAUUGGCCAAAGCCAUGGAUCCCAGACACCCCAAUAUGAUGACAGAUGUGGUUAAACUUCUCUCUGCGGUAUGCAUUGUAGGGGAGGAAAGCAUCCUUGAAGAAGUUUUAGAAGCUUUAACUUCAGCUGGUGAAGAAAAAAAAAUUGACAGAUUUUUUUGUAUUGUGGAAGGCCUCCGGCACAAUUCAGUUCAACUGCAAGUAGCUUGUAUGCAGCUCAUCAAUGCCCUGGUUACAUCUCCUGAUGAUUUGGACUUUAGGCUUCACAUCAGAAAUGAAUUUAUGCGUUGUGGAUUGAAAGAGAUAUUGCCAAAUUUAAAAUGCAUUAAGAAUGAUGGCCUGGAUAUCCAACUUAAAGUCUUUGAUGAGCAUAAAGAGGAAGAUUUGAUUGAGUUAUCCCAUCGCCUCGAAGAUAUUAGAGCUGAACUUGAUGAAGCAUAUGAUGUUUACAACAUGGUGUGGAGCACGGUUAAAGAAACUAGAGCAGAGGGAUAUUUUAUUUCUAUUCUUCAGCAUCUUUUGCUGAUUCGAAAUGAUUAUUUUAUAAGGCAACAGUACUUCAAAUUAAUUGAUGAGUGUGUAUCCCAGAUUGUAUUGCAUAGAGAUGGAAUGGAUCCAGAUUUCACAUAUCGAAAAAGACUAGAUUUAGAUUUAACCGAGUUUGUAGACGUUUGCGUAGAUCAAGCAAAACUAGAAGAGUUUGAAGAGAAAGCAUCAGAACUUUAUAAGAAAUUUGAAAAAGAGUUUACCGACCACCAAGAAACUCAGACUGAAUUGCAGAAAAAAGAGGCAAAGAUUAAUGAGCUUCAAACAGAGCUACAAGCUUUUAAAUCUCAGUUUGGUGCCUUACCAGCUGAUUGUAAUAUUCCUUUGCCUCCCUCUAAAGAAGGUGGAACUGGCCACUCAGCACUUCCUCCUCCGCCUCCACUGCCUUCUGGUGGAGGGGUGCCGCCUCCACCCCCUCCCCCACCACCUCCUCCACUUCCAGGAAUGCGGAUGCCAUUCGGUGGUCCUGUGCCUCCACCACCUCCCCUGGGAUUCCUUGGAGGACAAAAUUCUCCUCCUCUACCAACCCUGCCAUUUGGGUUGAAACCAAAGAAAGAAUUUAAACCUGAAAUUAGCAUGAGAAGAUUGAAUUGGUUAAAGAUCAGACCUCAUGAAAUGACUGAAAACUGUUUCUGGAUAAAAGUAAAUGAAAAUAAGUAUGAAAAUGUGGAUUUGCUUUGUAAACUUGAGAAUACAUUUUGUUGCCAACAAAAAGGAUCACAAAAUUAUGGGCAGGCCGUCAUCAAAUAUAGAAAGAGAAGAGAAGAGGAAGAUACUGAAGAGAAGAAAUCAAUUAAGAAAAAAAUUAAAGAACUUAAGUUUCUAGAUUCUAAAAUUGCCCAGAACCUUUCAAUCUUCCUGAGCUCUUUUCGGGUGCCAUAUGAGGAAAUCAGAAUGAUGAUAUUGGAGGUAGAUGAAACACGGUUGGCAGAGUCUAUGAUUCAGAACUUAAUAAAGCAUCUUCCUGAUCAAGAGCAAUUAAAUUCAUUGUCUCAGUUCAAGAGUGAAUAUAACAACUUAUGUGAACCUGAGCAGUUUGCUGUCGUGAUGAGCAAUGUGAAGAGACUACGGCCACGGCUCAGUGCUAUUCUCUUUAAGCUUCAGUUUGAAGAGCAGGUGAACAACAUCAAACCUGACAUCAUGGCUGUCAGUACUGCCUGCGAAGAGAUAAAGAAGAGCAAAAGCUUUAGCAAGUUGCUGGAACUUGUAUUGCUAAUGGGAAACUACAUGAAUGCUGGCUCCCGGAAUGCUCAAACCUUCGGAUUUAACCUUAGCUCUCUCUGUAAACUAAAGGACACAAAGUCAGCAGAUCAGAAAACAACGCUACUUCAUUUCCUGGUGGAAGUAUGUGAAGAGAAGUACCCUGAUAUACUGAAUUUUGUGGGUGAUUUGGAACCUUUAGACAAAGCUAGUAAAGGUUUGUGCCUUUUUAAGAAACAUUUCAUGGCUCUGGUCUUCAGUGCUAAAAGACUGAAAAUUAUACCUUUUAUUUGUAUAUACUUUCCACUUUAUCACAGUGUUUUCAUACCCAGUAUCUCAUUUUAAAAAUAGAGAGUUGUAGAAUAUUGUGAGUUGUAAUGAAUGCAGGUAUGAGUUUAAUUUGUUUAGUUAGAUGAUGAGGCCUUAUAUUAUAAAUUACUUUGUUUUGCAGUUUAAACCUUAUGGAUACCUGCUAGCCCUACCUUCUACUGCUAAAUCUCCACUUUGGCCAGGGCGAUGCUCUCUUGAUUCAAUGUCAUUCAUAGGCACUGAUAGCUUAUUAUGUACCUGAGACCAGAACCAGCUAUCAGUGUCCCCACUUGCCUGAGUACCGAGUCUAUCUCUGCCCAACUUGUUGGUGCUCUCUUUUUUUGUUAUAGAAGACACCAUACCUGCCAGAGUUUCAUUUUCACCCUCGGCCUGUCUUGAUUUGUAAGACAAAAAAUAAUGCCCAAAUUUCUAACCUGAUUCUAGUCUCAAUUGUGGGCUUAGAUCAGGCCAUAAAGGGUCAUAGAACAGAUAGACCUAUUAUUAAUACUUGGUUAUAAUAU